UUUCUUCUUAUAAUUUAUUGAAUAGAACGUUGUGCGGAAUAAAAUUAACAAAACUUAAAAAAUAAAUUGCUUUUAAUUGGAAUAUAAUUUAAAUAUAUUUACAAAACGCGUACAAGAAACGAAGCCUAUCAAAAAUAUCAAUAAUAUAAAUGAUCUUUGUAAAAAAGUAGUGAAGUUGGACGAUAUAUUUAUGAUGCAAGUAUUUUUUAAAUUAAAUUUUAACAAAACAAUAUGUGUUGGCGUUUCUAUCUAACAAAAACGAAAAUAAAGAAAACGUAAUAAUAGAAGAAAAUAAUAUUACUUGAGUUUGUUCGUUUGUUAUCUUAUGUAGUGAUAAAAGUGGAAUACGAAUAAAAAAUGAAAUAAAAAAAGUAUAAUAAAUUGGAAUGUUUUUUAAUAUUUUGUGUUCAAGCGUCACAUUAGUACCUACAUAAAUUAGUACGUAUUUCGUUUAAAUAAGAAUUAUAAUUGAAAUUGAUAAAUUUCAAUAGAAAAAUUCAAGUCUAUUUUUAUCCUCAAAGAUGAACAUAUUAUGUGUGUGUAAUUAAUAUUUAUUACCGAAUAUAUAAAAGAAUGCACUUUUCAAUCUUUGCUGCUGGUGUUUGCUUAUUGGGUGCCUUGACACUUGAUAUCCACCACAAGUGAAAUAAAUUCUAGCGGCGGUUGUGCAGAGUGCAGUAGUUCAUAGUGAAUAUUUUUAUAUUCUACUGGAUUGCAUCAACAACAAAAAGGAAUACUAAUACAUUAACUAUAAUAACAAGGAAUUUUUCCAGCAAUGAUGAGGUCGUCGGGUUCAUCAAUAUGGCUGCUAAUAUCGAUUGUUGUAAUAAAUUUAUUACAAUGCAUUCACUGUGGUACUUCUCCCGGUGAAACAUUACCAGAUCGUCUUGAAAUUGAAAUCAACAGUAGUGCUAACAUAACAUGUCGCAUAAAUCCAUCAAAGUUUGGCGGUAACGUCAAUAGCUCUUCUUUGUAUUUCGAGCAAGAGGAUACGAAACAUAUAGUGCCCAAUGAUAAUAUACACAUUUUAAAUGACACAACAAUUGUCUUUAUGUUACGAAAUGCUACGGAACAAGAUCGUUAUUAUAUUUGCAAAAUUGGCACGAAAGGCAUUGGUAUUACGCAUGUAUCAGUUGGUACUGCACCUCUAGAUAUAACGGAUUUCAAAUGUCGUGGCUACGAUUAUACAUAUAUGGUGUGCAAUUUUACCAAGCCACAUAAUGUAUUACUAACACAUUACAAUUUAAGUUAUACGGCACAAUCACCGAAUUACAUACAAACAUGUCACCUGGAAAUGCAACAAAAUCAAGGCAUCUGCAAUUUGACAAUGGAUAAAAAUAACUACCGGCCAAAUUAUGAAUUUUACAAUUUCACAUUGAAAGGUCAAAAUGAAGUGGGAGUUAAUGUGCAAAGUUUUUGGAUAAAUCAUUAUGAAAGUGUCAUUCCACCGCGGCCUGAAUAUACGAUUGAAAAGAUCACAAACAAUAUGAUAAUCAUAAAAUGGAACAAUCCCAAAUAUAGUUUUUAUACCGCCAAAGGUUUGGAUUAUGAGAUACUAUUUAAGGCCGAAGGUGCCCAUUGGGUGAAUCUAUUAAAUUAUGAAAUUCGUAAUAAUCGAUCAGAGUACAAGGUGAUUGUACGUAAUUUACCAUACGCCUACUUUUGGUACGAACUCAGUGUUCGUAUACGUGUUAAGAAAUCUGCCCGUAAUGAUGACAGUUAUUGGAGUGAGCCGUACGUACAAAAAUUCCAAACAUUACCGUGCCCACCCGAUACAGCACCAAUAACAGAUGAGGGCAGCUUUUAUAUAGAUUCUAGUGAAACAAAAGUGCGUCUUUAUUGGCAUCAACUACCGUACUAUAAGUAUAAUGGACCAGACUUUAAAUAUGUUAUUAAAGAAGUUAAACGGGAUGGUGUUGCUGUAUCUUUGAAACCUUUACACAUUGAUCUUACAUCGGCCAUAUUUCCCUGGCAUAAACGACAUAACUAUACUUUUGUUAUAAAGAGUAGUAAUGCUGAGGGAGAGUCGCCCAACAAUAGUACCAUUGUAAUACCGGCCCGAUCAAAGCACCAUGAACGUUCCUUUUCCCCGCAAUGGAUAAGAAAUGUUUAUCACGCUACAAAUCGUACCUCAACGCUCUCUUGGAGUCCUCCACACAACCAAAAACACUUGAUUGAUUACACCGUCUUCUGGUGUCAAUCGAAACUUGCUAAUACCAAUGAAUGCGAAGGUACAAUUUUCUUUGAACAUGUUAACAAGGAGUCAACACAGUACUAUACCUCCCCACAGAAGCAAGAAGAAGUUCAGUACAAUUUAGCUGUGUCGGCAAAUUAUCGAGACUUUAAUACAGGCAUGCAUUGGACAAUGUGCUCGGCAGAUGUUACUAGUGAACUGGUGAAACUGGAACCCGAAAUAAUCGAUGUAAAGAGUCGUUCCAUAACAGUUCAAUGGAGCACGGAUCGUGUAUGUUCGUCCCUUGUAGAAGGUUUCAAUUUAAUUUAUUGUCGUAUCCAGCGUCCAUCUACAAAUCAUAUAUUCAAAAGAGAAGAUAAUUCAAAUCACAAUUGCCUUGAAGAACCAACAAAACUGACAAUUGAAAAUACGGCGAAAAGAUAUACUAUGCAAAACUUAAAGCCCUAUUCAGCGUAUAAGAUACAAAUGAAUAUGUUUUCCAAACUUACACCGGGUAACUUAAGUGAUGCCCAAAUUAUAAACACUCAUGAAGAUGCCCCUUCGAAACCGCACAAUUUGAGAGCCUACAAUGUAACAAGUAAUUCGGUAGUACUAACCUGGUCGGAGCCUAAGAAUCGCAAUGGUUUAUUAACAAAAUACAGAAUAGCAUAUAAUAAUGAGUAUCACAACAUUAAUUGUCAAACGAAUGAAGAACAAUGUGCAGCAAAACAAGUGGAAUACAAAUUAGAAAACCUGAGCAGUUAUACCACUUAUAAAAUCUAUAUAACUGCAUACACAACAGCAACUGCAGCCUCAAAUCAUAGCAAUGAUAUAACAGUUACUACACUUGUAGGAAUUCCCUCUAAUCCACGCAACGUCAAGAGAAAAGAUAAUGAUCGAAACAUAUUGCAGUGGUCUAGGCCCGAGGUGCCUUCAGGUCGUGUUGAAUUCUAUGAAGUUGCCAUUACUUAUUGGUAUAAGGAUCAAAUACAAAGACAACACGUAUCGUUGUUAAUGGAUACGAAUGAGUGUGAAUAUCAUUUGCCAGCUUGUAUAGAUGGUGAUUAUCGGUUUACUAAAGAAGUGCGUGCUGUGAAUGUGGUACCAUACACUGAAAUUGAUCAUAACAUAUUUGCAACGAAAAACGCAACAAAUGAUGAUGUCAAGGAUUUAUAUACACAAAACAUGGAUAUGAGAUGCGUGGGCAAGGACUUAAGUGAAGAACAAUUGGCCAAAAUCCAUGAAUAUCAAGAUAAACAUAAAUAUGUCCAGUACAAAUCUGUAUGGGAAAAGGGUCCAGCUACAAACUGUUCAGAUCCCGAAUUAAGUCGUAUUACAAUGUUGGCUUUGUUAAUUGUAGUUUCAUCACUGGGUGUCAUGGCUGCCUUUUAUGUGGCACGUAACAAGUAUCAAAAAAUGGCAAAUAUUUCGUGCGCCUUGCCACCGGGUCUAGAAGAAUAUCCGAUUAAAGAUAAUGGUGAUGGCGGAGAUGAUUUUCGCCGUAGUAAAGACCCAUUUUACAAUAAUGAAAGUCGUCGAUUACUUUCCUCCAUAAGUCAUGAUUCUGGUUAUGCUUGCCAUAACGGUGAUCUUAAUAAUGGCGGACUUAACGGUAUAGUAGCGUGUUCGUUGGGCAAAAGUAGUGGUUACAUUGGGUCCAAUCAUUCUACAGAAUACUGCACUCAAGAGACUUUAGUGGCCAGUGAUAAUGUAAGCGACGAUAGCUGUGUCAUUGAUCAGACACCAGUUGUAGACGAUGCAUACAUGGUUAUGGAAUUACUAAAAUCCAAUGACAAUAAAAUGUCGAGAUCUUCGUCUAGUACAACAUUCGAUAAUAUUAUAUCACAGCCUGAUAGAAACGGCAACGGCUAUGUGCAACCAAACUUUUCAGUUAUAUCAGCUCUUAGCGGCACUAAAAACACUGUGCCAUCCAUGACAGCAACAAAAUUGCCAGCUUCGUUUAUUCCCACAGACAAUGGUUAUAUUAAACAAAUACCAACGUCUAUGCACACACAACUCUUGCCUUCUGAAAAUGGGUACAUAAAACCAAAUAACCUUCUUAAUUGGCCCAGAGAAAAAAUGCCAACACAACAAACAUCAAUGGCGCAUGCAACGCAACUUCAAAAUACUAUGGCAGGUUUGCCAAUCAAUAGUUCAGGUUAUGUGGCGCCACAGUUACUGCAAAAGUCCUUAAUACCAUCUUCCGAUGGCUAUACUUCACUAGAGGCCUUGGGUAAAACCCAAAAACCAACACAAUCAACGAUGUCACAAACAUUUAUCAAUCCAGAUGAGGGUGGCGGAGGCAGCAUUUUGAACACAAAUAUGCCUCCUAUCUCCGGUUAUGUCACACAAAAGGAAUUAUCGGCUUUUGGCCAACAACAAAAAUUUAAUUGAUUCCUAAUUUAAAUUAUAAACUAUUUAUUCUGUCUGUACAAAAUGAGAUUCUAUAGUGACUAAAAGAAUUAACUAAAUUAAUUAUAUAUUAUAGAAAGAAAGUUACUAACUACAACAACAAAACAAACAAACAUACAUAUGAAACCAUUGCCCACAUCAAUUGGAAAACCUUGUACAAUCUAAUCA